AUGCCAAAUCAGAAUUUUAUUACAUCUAACAAUGUUACCACCAAUAUUGCUAGCAACAAUAACAAUAAAAUAAGAAUAGAGAUAUUACGUAAAUUAUUAGUUCAUUCAGAUGGGCGUGACAAAUGUUUGAAAAUCUUGCAAUAUUUUAGUAAAAUAAUUUUAUUGCUUCAUGUAAAAAAAAACAAAUCCAAACAUCCAAUAUUAUAUUCAAGGCUUACAGCAUUAACCACACAAUUUUCAAAUACACGUAAAAUAAUUCGUUUAGCACAUUUUCUUGAACCAUAUUCCGAAUUUAAGGAAUAUAUUUUUGGUGCAAAAAAAGAUUUACCACCACCCGAAACUCCAUUACAUAAAAAGUCUGUAUAUUACCUUGGAUUUUUGAAUACAAUAUUUGGAAUUUUCAAUGAUAUAUUUGAUGAUUUGUAUUGUCUUGGUAAAAUUGGAAUAUUGGACAAAUCUGUUGCAGUAAGAGCAGAACCAAUUGCAAUCAGAUUAUGGUUUUUCGGUAUUAUGUUAGACAUAAAUGAUAUAAUAUAUAGAAUUAGGUUGACAAACCAAGAAAUCAAUAAUAUUAAUAUUGAAAAGAGUGCUAACGUUGAGAAAAUUAAGAAUAAUAAUUUAGAAUUAAAAUUAUUAAAAGAUAAAAAGUUCAUGUUGUAUAAUAAUUUAAUAAAAUUAUUUGCUGAUUUCAUAUUUUGUGAAAUUACUGGAAUGAUUGCUGGAAUUCUAAGUUUUUACAAACUAUGGAAGAAAGAAUUGACAAAAUAA